GCCAGGGACAACUACAACGGUUGUCGUCUGAAGUACAGCGUCUCCACGCCGAGUCGGAUUUAAUAUAUUCGCAAGGAUUCAUAGACGUCUGAAGUAAACCAAGAAAACAUGUCGGCGGAAAAGAGGCUCUACAAUCUCCACACCAGUAAAAUGCGCGACCCCAACUCUACCCCAGAAAUGACGGCGGAGUUUUACGACAACUGGUCCGGGCACUAUGACGAGGAGGUACUAAAGCAGAACAAAUGCGGUGGUCCCCGAGUCUGUGCCGAAGCGGUGGAGAAGGCCUUGGCCGGCUUGAACCGCCAGGAGGUCCGUAUUCUUGACGUGGCGGCCGGGACUGGAGUGGUUGGCGAAGAGCUGCAGAAGAUGGGUUUCACCAACAUGGACGCUGUGGACGGGAGUAGGGGUAUGCUGGACCUUGCGGAGAGGAAGAACAUCUACCACCGACUCAUCUGUGACUUUGUCGGAGCGAAACCCAUGGACAUCGAAAACGACACGUAUGACGCCGUCGCCUGCUGCGCUGCCUUCGGUCCAGCCCACCUAAAGGAAGACUGUCUACCUGAGCUCAUUCGAGUCGUCAAACCAGGCGGGUACGUCGUCAUCACGUUCCGGGAGGAGUAUCUGCACUUCGUGGAGGACUACAAGGACAAACUGGAGCCCGCCAUGGUCCGUCUGCAGGACACAGGGCUCUGGGAACGAGUCAGUCGGGACGUCUUUCCCAAGUUCUACCAGGACAAGAACGGCAUAACCUUCGUCUACAAGGUCCUGUAG